CUCUCCACUAUGCGUUUUCGGCGUGUCUAAUGUGUCUCACCCUCUUUAGAUAGCUGUCAUGAGGCUGCUGUCUGUCUCUCUGCUCUUUUUCUUCAUUCAGUUUCUGAGUCUGUCUCUCCAGCAGUUCCCUCGGCCAUGCACCACUCCAGAGGUCCUGCAGAGCAAGCAGUGCUGUCCGGUGUGGCCUCGUGACGGAUCGGUGUGCGGGGUGAGCUCGGGUCGAGGCUUCUGCCAGGAUGUCACGGUCUCCGACCUUCCCCACGGGCCGCAGUACCCCCACACCGGCGCGGACGACCGGGAACGGUGGCCUCUGGUGUUCUACAACCGAACAUGCCAGUGCGCCGGUAACUACAUGGGCUUCGACUGCGGCGAGUGCAAGUUCGGUUACUUCGGAGACAACUGCGGGGAACGGCGAGAAUCCGUGCGCAGGAACAUCUUCCAGCUGUCGGUAACGGAGAGGCAGCGGUUCAUCUCGUACCUGAACCUCGCCAAGACCAGCAUCAGCCCCGACUACGUGAUCGCGACGGGCACGUACGCGCAGAUGAACAACGGCACGAGCCCCAUGUUCGCGGACAUCAGCGUGUACGACCUGUUCGUGUGGAUGCACUACUACGUGUCCCGUGACGCGCUGCUCGGGGGUCCCGGUAACGUGUGGGUUGACAUCGACUUUGCGCACGAAUCGGCGGCUUUUCUGCCCUGGCAUCGCGUGUACCUGCUGUUCUGGGAGCAUGAGAUCCGCAAACUGACCGGAGACUUUAACUUCACCAUCCCGUACUGGGACUGGCGUGACGCGCAGGACUGUCAGGUGUGCACGGAUGAGCUGAUGGGCGCGCGCAGCCCUCUGAACAUGAACCUCAUCAGCCCAUCCUCGGUCUUCUCCUCGUGGAAGGUGAUCUGUUCACAGCCCGAUGACUACAACAAUCGUGUGGUACUGUGUGACGGCUCGCCAGAGGGGCCGUUACAGCGAAACCCCGGUAACCAUGACCGCAACCGCCUCCAACGGCUACCCACCUCCGCAGAUGUGGAGUCGGUGCUGAGCCUAACAGAGUAUGAGACGGGGUCGAUGGACCGACGGGCCAACCUGAGCUUCCGGAACGCUCUGGAAGGUUUUGCGGAUCCUGAGACGGGAUUGGCAGUAAUGGGUCAAAGCAGGAUGCACAACGCCUUACAUGUCUUUAUGAACGGAUCCAUGUCUUCAGUGCAGGGAUCUGCCAAUGACCCCAUUUUCCUACUACAUCAUGCAUUUAUUGACAGUAUUUUUGAGCAGUGGCUGAGGAGACAUCAGCCUCCCCGGACACAUUACCCAACAGCCAACGCUCCAAUCGGACACAACGACGGAUAUUUUAUGGUCCCCUUCAUCCCUCUGUACAGAAACGGAGAUUAUUUCUUAUCCACCAAAGCUCUGGGAUAUGAAUAUGCAUAUUUACUAGAUCCCAGUCAGCGGUUUGUGCAGGAAUUUUUAACUCCGUAUCUAGAGCAGGUGCAGCAGAUCUGGCGUUGGCUGUUGGGAGCAGGAAUUCUGGGAGCGCUCGUGGCAGGAAUUAUUGCAACAAUUAUUGCAGUGGCCUGUCGUAAAAGGCAGAGGAGGCAAAAGGUGUCAGCAUACGGAGAGAGACAACCACUACUGAACAGCAGUGAAGAAGAAGGCUCAGCUUCAUAUCAAACAACACUGUGAACCAAACACACACACACACACACCACACAAGCGUGUGUCAGCAAGGACAGAGAUACUGUACCAAUGGGAAAAGACACAAAAGCCAGUAAACAAAUGGGACUCAAUUGUUUUGCCGCUAAGCUAAAGUCAUGUGAUCUCGUCCCAAACUCUGGUCAGGUGAAUUUCACGAAAAACUUGUGCAGGUCAUAUUUCACCCAAAAUAUAAAAAGACAAAACAAUACAUAAAUGAAUUAAAUAAACAUAAAUAAAUAAAUUAACUGUAUUUUUCUGAGAAAAAAAAGGUGAAGCAUAGACAUUGUCAUGAUAAUUAAAGGAAUAGUUCACCCCAAAAUGAAAUUUCUCUCAUCGUUUACUCACCUUAUGCUAUUCCAGAUGUGUUUGACUUUCUUUCUUCUGCAGAACACAAAUAAAGAUUUUUAGAAGAAUAUCUCAGCUCUGUUUGUCCAUACAAUGCAAGUCAAUGGUGGCCAGACCUUUGAAGCUCCAAAAAGCACAUAAAGGCAGCAUUAAAGUAAUCCAUUCGACUCCAGAGGUUAAAUCCAUGACUUCUAAAUAAGAGGAUUUUCAUUUUUGGGUAAACAAUUCCUUUAAGCAGCCCUCCUGUAAAACAGUUAUGAAACUAAUAUAUUUAAUUAAAUUAAAUAUAUAAUUACUUAUUUUAUUUUUUUGCAUUACAGCAGAGAACAUGGAG